UUUUCCCCCCGCGUCUCGGCCAAAAUGGAGGAGGAGGUCUCUCGCUGCUUGACGAAGGGAGCCGAGAUUGCCUGACCGGAUCUGCUUCAAUGAAAGUCGUCGGGAUCCGAAUUCGCAGCGAUCGCCACGCGCAGGGAGCCCAUUGAGGAUUUCUAUCAAGCUACCCUUUUUUUUUUUUUUCUCUCCUCUUCUUCCGCGCACGCCACCCGCAGCCAUGAGUGCAGGAGAGGGGCUGGAUGAGGCUGCGAAGGACGCGGCAGACAUAGCGGCGUUUUUCAAAUCCGAUUGCUCUCUUCCAAAAUGUGAUUCCAAGCUGGAUGGCCCAGGUCCAACCUCAGGGUUUCAUCGUAAUGAGGAUAUGAAGGCCAUUGAUGUGCUUCCCAUCCUCAAGGAGAAGGUCGCCUUUCUCUCAGGCGGCAGAGACAGACGUGGAGGUCCCGUUCUCACCUUUCCAGCACGGAGCAACCAUGACAGAAUACGACCUGAAGAUCUGCGCAGGCUCAUAGCCUACCUGGCUACUAUUCCCAGCGAGGAGGUGGCCCGACAUGGCUUCACGGUUAUCGUGGACAUGCGUGGUUCUAAGUGGGACAGCAUCAAGCCCCUGCUGAAGAUCCUGCAGGAGUCUUUCCCUUCUUGCAUCCACGUCGCCCUCAUCAUCAAGCCCGACAACUUCUGGCAGAAGCAGAGGACCAACUUUGGCAGCUCCAAGUUUGAAUUUGAGACGGUGAUGGUCUCCUUAGAGGGUUUAACCAAGAUCGUGGAUCCAUCCCAGCUGACAGCCGACUUCGAGGGCAGCCUAGAUUACAACCAUGACGACUGGAUCGAGGUGCGGCUGUCGUUUGAGACCUUUGCCAGCGAUGCCACGCGGGCCCUGGCGCGCCUGGAGGAGCUGCAGGACACCCUGUCACAGCGCGAUCUCCCCCGGGACCUGGAGGGGGCGCGGAGGCUCAUGGAAGAUCAUGCCGGGCUGAAGAAAAGGGCCACCAAGGCGUCCGUGGAGGAGCUGGACACGCAGGGACGACGGCUGCUCCAAAGGCUGAACUUACAAACUGCGGGAGGUGGUGGUGGCGGUGACAGCGGGUACGGCAACCGGGCCGUCGGAGCCAGCGGAGACUCCAACGACCACCACCAUGGUUUCCACGCAGACGCACACAACCUGGUGGCGAAAGUGACGGGUUUGUUGGAUAAGUUGCACGGGACGCGGCAGAACCUGCAGCAGCUGUGGCACAUGAGGAAGCUGAAGCUGGACCAGUGUUUCCAACUGAGGCUGUUUGAACAGGACGCUGAGAAGAUGUUCGACUGGAUCAUGCACAACAAGGGGCUCUUCCUCACCAGUUACACAGAGAUCGGAGGAAACCACCAGCACGCCGUCGAGCUGCAGACCCAGCACAACCACUUCGCUAUGAACUGCAUGAACGUGUAUGUGAACAUCAAUCGGAUCAUGUCAGUGGGGAACCGGCUCCUGGAGUCGGGCCACUACGCCUCGCAGCAGAUCCAGCAGAUCUCAGGCCAGCUGGAGCAGGAGUGGAAAGCCUUCGCCGCAGCGCUGGACGAACGCAGCACCCUGCUGGAGAUGUCCGCCAGCUUCCACCAGAAAGCAGACCAGUACAUGAGUAAAGUGGAGCCGUGGGGUAAAGCGUGUGGUGAAGGAGAGCUGCCGUCCGAGCUCCAGGAUCUGGAAGACACUAUCCACCAUCACCAGGGAUUAUAUGAGCACAUUACCACUGCGUACUCUGAGGUAAGCCAGGACGGCAAGUCUCUGCUCGACAAACUGCAACGACCUCUGACCCCGGGAAGUGCAGAUACGUUAAUGUCAUCAGCCAACUACUCCAAGGCCGUCCACCACGUCCUGGACAUCAUCCACGAAGUGCUGCAUCACCAGAGGCAGCUGGAAAACAUCUGGCAGCAUCGCAAAGUUCGCCUGCACCAGCGCCUACAGCUGUGUGUCUUUCAGCAGGAUGUGCAGCAGGUGCUGGACUGGAUAGAAAACCAUGGCGAGGCCUUCCUCAGUAAACACACGGGUGUUGGGAAGUCUCUGCACAGAGCCAGAGCUCUGCAGAAGAGACACGAGGACUUUGAGGAGGUCGCACAGAAUACCUACACCAAUGCUGACAAGUUGCUGGAGGCAGCAGAGCAGCUCGCCCAGACCGGAGAAUGUGACCCGGAGGAGAUUUACCAGGCUGCUCACCAGCUCGAAGAUCGCAUCCAGGACUUUGUACGACGCGUUGAGCAGCGAAAGGUCCUGCUGGACAUGUCUGUUGCCUUCCACACCCACGUCAAAGAGCUGUGGACGUGGCUGGAGGAGCUUCAGAAGGAGCUGCUGGAUGAUGUGUACGCGGAGGCGGUGGAGGCGGUGCAGGAGCUGAUCAAGCGUUUUGGCCAGCAGCAGCAGACCACCCUACAGGCUACUGUCAAUGUCAUCAAGGAGGGAGAGGACCUCAUACAACAGCUCAGAGACUCGGCCAUCUCGAGCAACAAGACUCCCCACAACAGCUCCAUGGCGCACAUCGAGAGCGUGCUGCAGCAGCUGGACGAGGCCCAGGGCCAGAUGGAGGAGCUGUUCCAGGAAAGGAAGAUCAAACUGGAGCUCUUCCUCCAGCUCCGCAUCUUUGAGAGGGACGCGAUCGACAUCAUCUCAGACCUGGAGUCAUGGAACGAGGAGCUGUCGCAGCAGAUGAGUGACUUUGACACGGAGGACCUGUCGCUGGCCGAGCAGAGGCUGCAGCAUCAUGCAGACAAGGCGCUCACCAUGAACAACCUCACCUUCGACGUCAUCCACCAGGGACAAGAGCUGCUGCAGUACGUCACCGAGGUCCAGGCAUCUGGUGUGGAGCUGUUGUGCGACAGAGAUGUGGACAUGGCCACGCGGGUCCAGGACCUGCUCGAGUUCCUCCACGAGAAGCAGCAGGAGCUGGACCUGGCCGCGGAGCAGCACCGGAGACACCUGGAGCAGUGCGUCCAGCUGCGGCAUCUACAGGCCGAAGUCAAACAGGUGCUGGGUUGGAUCCGUAAUGGAGAGUCCAUGCUGAAUGCCGGCCUGAUCACCGCCAGCUCGUUGCAAGAAGCCGAGCAGCUGCAAAAGGAACACGAACAAUUCCAACAUGCAAUAGAGAAAACCCAUCAGAGUGCACUGCAGGUCCAGCAGAAGGCCGAGGCCUUACUCCAGGCCAACCACUAUGACAUGGAUAUGAUCAGAGACUGUGCAGAAAAGGUGGCAGAUCAUUGGCAGCAGCUGAUGCUGAAGAUGGAGGACAGACUCAAGCUGGUUAAUGCGUCAGUGGCCUUCUACAAGACCUCUGAGCAGGUGUGCAGUGUCCUGGAGAGCCUUGAGCAGGAGUACAAGAGGGAAGAAGACUGGUGCGGUGGUGCUGAUAAACUGGGGCCCAACAGUGACUCCGACCACGUCACUCCCAUGAUCAGCAAACAUCUGGAGCAGAAGGAGGCCUUCCUCAAGGCCUGUACAUUAGCCAGGCGUAACGCUGAUGUCUUCUUGAAGUACCUGCACAGAAACGGUGUCAACAUGCCCGGCAUGUUGUCCCACGUCAAAGCUCCAGAGACCCAGGUUAAGAAUAUCUUGAAUGAGUUGCUGCAGAGAGAGAACAGAGUGCUGCACUUCUGGACCAUGAGGAAGCGGAGACUGGACCAGUGUCAGCAAUAUGUGGUGUUUGAACGCAGCGCCAAACAGGCCCUGGAGUGGAUCCACGACACUGGGGAGUUUUACCUGUCCACACACAUGUCCACUGGCUCCAGUAUUCACCACACACAGGAACUGCUGAAGGAGCACGAAGACUUCCAGAUCACAGCAAAGCAAACCAAAGAGAGGGUGAAGCUGUUGAUCCAGCUGGCCGAUGGGUUUUGUGACAAGGGCCACUCCCAUGCCCUGGAGAUAAAGAAAUGGGUGUCCUCGGUGGACAAGCGCUACAGGGACUUCUCGCUCCGCAUGGACAAAUACCGAUCCUGCCUGGAAUCGGCGCUCGGCAUUUCUUCUGACUCAAACAAGGCUAGUAAAGAGCUGCAGUUGGACAUCAUCCCAGCCAGUGCUCCGGGGUCAGAGGUCAAGUUGAGGGAUGCUGCCCACGAACUCAACGAGGAGAAGAGGAAAUCAGCGCGAAGGAAAGAGUUCAUAAUGGCUGAGCUGAUUCAGACGGAGAAAACCUAUGUCAGAGACCUGCGGGAAUGUAUGGAUACAUACCUGUGGGAGAUGACCAGCGGUGUGGAGGAGAUUCCUCCUGGUAUCGUCAACAAAGAACACAUCAUCUUUGGGAACAUGCAGGACCUCUACGAGUUUCACCACAACAUCUUCCUUAAGGAGUUGGAAAAGUAUGAGCAGCUUCCAGAGGAUGUCGGCCAUUGUUUUGUGACUUGGGCUGAUAAGUUCCAGAUGUAUGUGAACUACUGUAAGAACAAACCUGACUCCACUCAGCUCAUCCUGGAGCACGCCGGACCCUACUUUGAUGAAAUCCAGCAGAGGCACCGUCUUGCCAACUCCAUCUCCUCUUACCUGAUCAAACCAGUCCAGAGAAUCACUAAGUACCAGCUUCUUCUCAAGGAGCUGCUGACAUGUUGUGAGGAGGGAAAAGGUGAGAUCAAGGAUGGUCUUGAAGUGAUGCUGAGCGUCCCCAAGAGAGCUAAUGAUGCCAUGCACCUCUCUAUGCUGGAUGGCUUUGACGGAAACAUUGACUCCCAGGGCGAGCUGACCCUCCAGGACUCCUUCCAGGUGUGGGAUCCCAAGACUCUUAUUCGUAAAGGUCGCGACCGACACCUCUUCCUGUUCGAGAUGUCCUUGGUUUUUAGCAAAGAGGUCAAGGACUCCAUGGGCCGCAGCAAGUACCUCUUCAAGAGCAAGCUGUUUACGUCGGAGCUCGGCGUGACAGAACACGUUGAGGGAGACCCUUGCAAGUUUGCCCUGUGGGUGGGCAGGACCCCGACCUCAGACAACAAGAUCGUCCUCAAGGCUUCGAGUCUGGAAAACAAGCAGGACUGGAUCAAACACAUCCGGGAGGUGAUCCAGGAGCGAACGGUGCACCUGCGUGGCGCUCUGAAGGAGCCCAUCCACAUCCCUAAAGCCAGCACGGCUAAACAUAAAGGCAGACGCAGAGACGGGGAGGACCUGGACAGCCAGGGCGACGCCAGCAGCCAACCAGAUACCAUCUCCAUUGCCUCACGUACAUCACAGAACACACUGGACAGUGACAAGCUGUCCGGUGGCUGUGAGUUGACCGUGGUGAUCCAUGACUUUGUGGCCAGUAACGCUGGCAGCAGCGGGGAGCUGACGGUGCGCAGGGGCCAGACCGUGGAGGUCCUGGAGCGGCUCCACGACAAGCCGGACUGGUGCCUGGUGAGGACCACCGACCGCUCUCCGGCCCAGGAGGGGAUCGUACCCUGCUCCAUGCUCUGCAUCGCUCACUCCAGGUCCUCCAUGGAGAUGGAGGGACUCUUCAACCACAAAGACACCUUGUCCGUGUCCAGUAACGACGCCCUGCAGCCGGGCUCCAGCCAAACCCUGGGCCCCCACAGCUCGCCAGGGCCCAAGCGUCCAGGGAACACUCUGAGGAAGUGGCUGACCAGCCCCGUGCGGCGGCUCAGCUCCGGCAAGGCCGAUGGCCACGUCAAGAAGCUCGCCCACAAGCACAAGAAGAACCGCGAUGGCACCCGGAAGAACAUGGACACGAUCCCCGGCUCGCAGAAGGACUCUGACGACAGCGCAGCCACGCCACAGGACGAGACACUGGAGGACCGCAUGCGUAACGAGGGGCUGAGCAGUGGCACCCUGUCCAAGUCUUCUUCAUCAGGCAUGCAGAGCUGUGGCGAGGAGGAAGGAGAAGAGGGCGCCGACGCCGUCCCUCUACCUCCCCCUAUGGCCAUCCAGCAGCACAGCCUGCUGCAGCCGGACUCCCAGGACGACAAGUCUGCGUGUCGCCUCUCCGGUCGUCCCAGUAGUUCAGAGACACCCAGUGCUGCGGAGCUGGUCAGUGCCAUCGAGGAGCUGGUGAAGAGCAAGAUGUCUCUGGAGGAUCGUCCAAGCUCUCUGUCGAUGGAGCAGGGCGACAGCAGCUCCCCCUCCUUCAACCCCUCCGACAACUCCCUCCUCUCCUCCUCCUCGCCCAUCGACGAGUUGGACGAGCGCAAGUCCGGCUUCCUCAAGAGGAGACAUUAUGUGCUUCUGGAACUUGUGGAGACUGAGAGAGACUAUGUCAGGGACCUGGGAUCAGUGGUGGAGGGCUACAUAAGCAGGAUGAAGGAGGAAGGAGUUCCAGACGACAUGAGAGGAAAAGACAAGAUCGUCUUUGGAAACAUUCAUCAGAUCUAUGACUGGCAUAAAGAUUUUUUCCUGGGAGAACUUGAGAGGUGUUUGGAGGAUCCUGACCGGCUGGCUACUCUGUUCGUCAAACAGGAGCGGAGGCUACACAUGUACAUCGUGUACUGUCAGAACAAACCUAAAUCUGAGCACAUCGUGUCAGAGUACAUCGACACUUACUUUGAAGACCUCAAGCAGCGAAUGGGCCACAGACUGCAGAUCACUGACCUGCUCAUCAAACCUGUUCAGCGCAUAAUGAAGUACCAGCUGCUGCUGAAGGAUCUUCACAAAAUUUCUAAGAAGGCUGGAGUGGACACAUUGGAGCUGGAGAAAGCUGUGGAGGUGAUGUGUGUGGUCCCCAAACGCUGCAAUGACAUGAUGAAUGUUGGUCGCCUUCAAGGCUUCGAGGGUAAGAUUGUGGCUCAGGGCAGAUUGAUCCUCCAGGACACCUUCAUGGUGUCCGACCAGGAUGGAGGACUUCUGUCCAGGAUGAAGGAGAGGAGAGUCUUCCUGUUUGAGCAGAUCGUCAUCUUCAGUGAGCCCCUGGACAAAAAGAAGGGCUUCUCUACUCCUGGCUACCUCUUCAAGAACAACAUCAAGGUGAGCUGGUUGGGUCUAGAAGAAAAUACAGACGACCCCUGCAAGUUUACACUUACUUCCAGAUCCUCCAGUGGAAGCCUGGAGAGGUACACCCUCCACUCAAUGAGUCCUGGAGUCAGUCAAGUGUGGGUCCACCAGGUCAGCCAGAUACUGGAGAACCAGCGCAAUUUCCUCAAUGCUCUCACAUCCCCCAUAGAGUACCAGAGGAACCACGUGGGUGGCGGCGGGCCGGGUGGUCCACCCAGCAGUAGCAGCACCGGAGGACUGCCAGGAGGCAGCAGCUCCAACAGUACCGCCAACAUGGGCGGUGGAGGUGGCGGCGGUGGCUCUGGAGGAUCAGGGGGCAGCUCUUCCUCUCUGUGCGGCCCUCGCUCCCGACCCUCCCGCAUCCCCCAGCCGUCCUCUCGCCUCCCCCAGCCCGUCCACCACCACCACCCCCCGGGCCCCGAGGGGCCCGACAGAUCAGCAGGUAUGUGGUCACCCUGCCACCCUCCCCUUCAAUCCCUCCCCUCUAACCCCUUCUCUGACACCCCGACAAACGGGGAGCUGUUAGCCUCAGAGGUCCCUAAGAUGAGGAUGCUGGAUAAUCCUCAUGGAAGUAACAGUAAUAACAGUAACAGGUCGUCAGGCAGCAUGGAGGGCAGACAAGGCCUCGGAGGCUUUGAGGAAACCCAGAAACAUCAAACAGCUGGAAUACCACAAAUGGCCGUGGCUCCCCUGAACUUGCCGCAAAAAAAACCUCGAAUCGGGACAGUGGCUCCUCUGAUAACGCCUCAGUCGCCUGGAGGAGGAGGAAAGGAGUCGUUGGUCCCCUCCAGUCCGGCCCAUAAAGGCAACGUCUUCUGGGCUAUGGUCCCAGCUAUACCUCCCUCUCACACCAGCCGUCCUGGAUCCUUCUCCUACACAAGUGACGGUGGAGGAGAUUCUCUGGGCAGAGGAAGCCACGGGACGCCCUCUCAUCACCGCCACUCUACGCACAGUAAGGACAUAGACCGCAUGAGCACCUGCUCCUCCACCAGCGAACAGUCCAUACAGUCCACCCAGAGCAACGGGAGUGAAAGCAGUAGCAGCAGCAGUGUGUCCACCAUGUUGGUGACCCAGGACUACGUGGCAGUGAAGGAGGACGAGAUCAGCGUGGUGCAGGGUGAAGUCGUCCAAAUACUAGCCAGCAACCAGCAGAGCAUGUUCCUGGUGUACAGGGCGGCCAACGAGCACAGCCCCGCGGCAGAGGGCUGGAUCCCUGGCUACGUAUUAGGACACACCUCAUCCUCCAUCACGCCCGAGCUCCCUGAAGGAACCAUCAAAAAAUCAUUGUCAUGGCACACAGCGCUCCGUAUCCGCCGCAAAUCUGAGAAAAGAGACAAAGAGGGCCGGAAGAUGGAGAACGGCUACCGCAAGUCUCAGGACAGCCUGGCCAACAAAGUCUCUGUCAAGCUUCUAAAUCCCAACUUCAUCUAUGAUGCUCCUCCAGAGUUCCUUAUCCCUGUUGGUGACGUAGCGUGUGAGAGUGGCGACAGUGUCACUCUGAGUUGUAAAGUGUGCGGUCGCCCCCGGGCCACAGUCACCUGGCGGGGACCUGACAACAGCACGCUUAGCAACAACGGACGCUACAGCAUAACGCACAGUGAGACAGGGGAGGCAGCCCUGUGUAUCCUCGGAGUGUCUGUUGAGGACAGCGGUGUGUACACGUGUGUUGCCACAAACGUAGCAGGCACCGUCACCUCUUACGCCGGCGUCACAGUCUCAGGUAUCCAGGAUGAUGGCAGUGAGGUCCUCUGGAAAGGCAACUUUGAGUCCCACUACACAGAGAUCACUGAACUAGGAAGGGGACGUUUCUCAGUGACCAAGCGGUGCGACCAGCGGGGGAGCAAACGGACCGUGGCAGCGAAACACGUCAACAAGAAGCUGCUGCGCCGAGAACAGGUGCUGCAGGAGAUCCGACUCCUGCAGAGUCUGGACCAUCCCAACCUGGUCAAACUGCUGGACACGUACGAGACGUUCAGCAGCUUCGUUCUCAUCCUGGACAUGGCAGACCAGGGACGUUUCCUGGACUACAUAGUGAGCUGGGGAAACUUGACAGAGGAGAAAGUGGCUCUCUACCUCCGAGAUAUUCUUGAAGCCCUCCACUACCUGCACGGCUGGAGGAUAGCACACCUGGAUCUCAAACCUGAGAACAUUGUGGUGGAACACGCGUCCUCUCAGCCCCUCAUCAAGCUGACAGACUUCGGUGACGCCGUGCAGCUGAGCCCUCCUUCCUCCUACAUCCAUCCUCUCCUGGGGAGCCCCGAGUUCUGUGCUCCUGAGCUGGUCCUGGGUCAGCCUGUCUCACUGACGUCUGACCUCUGGAGCUUAGGGGUGUUGACCUAUGUUAUACUAAGCGGUGCCUCUCCCUUCCUGGAUGAGAGUGUGGAGGAGACGUGUCUGAACAUCUGCCACCUGGACUUCAGCUUCCCAGAGGACUACUUCCAGGGCGUCAGCCCGGCUGCCAGGGACUUUGUCCGCGUGCUGCUCCAGGGCGAGCCGGAGCGACGGCCCACCGCGGCCUCCUGCCUGCAGGAUCCGUGGCUCCGGCCUUAUGGUGUGAUGAACACUGGACACUCCAACUUAAAUCACUCUCAGCCGCCAUCUCAGAGUCAUCAUCCGGCACAUCUGGACACCUCCAGGCUCAUUUCCUUCAUCGAGAGAAGAAAACACCAGAACGACAUUCGGCCCAUUGGCUCCAUCAAGGCCUUCCUAGAGAGCCGCCUGCUAAACCACUAGGUAGACGUGAGAACAUCUCCAUGUGCUCUGCGUGUCCAGGAAACUUCAGUGGAUGAGUCGCCUGGUUCAGUUGAGGUGUGUUUAAAAAGAAAAGCCUGCUGAGAGGAUCACCAGCAACAUGUCCACAACGAUUUCCCUUUCCCUCAUGAAGCCACAAACGUCCUGCUGCUGCUGACUGACUUGACUACUCUGCUGAUUAAACCCUUUGACUCUCCCCACCUGCCCUUAUCCCUGGCAUAUUGUCUUUAUGCCUGCACAACAAAUGAACCGUUGGAAUCCAUUUGAGAUUUCAAUCUUAGCAGGGAGAAAUAAUAUUGAGCUUUCUCAUCGAGCCAGCGCGGGCAAGUCUUGCGCUCUGGACAGUGAUAAACAGAGAAAUGAAGAAUACUGUGUAAGAGUAAUUCAGGCUGCUUUCGGUUGAACACAUGAAAGUGUGCUUUGGUUUUUUUUGUAUGGAGAGGUUACUUUUUGUAAAUUGAACCAUGUACAGGGAGGAAACAGAACUGUCUUUAUUCAAUCCCUUUUGGGAAAAACAAAGGUUAGUUAUUACGUUGAAAUAAAACAAGAGAAAUGAGAUGUGCACCCACCAGCAGGGUCCAUUCACUCUAGACGAAGACCAAAACCACGAUCAGAGACACAUUGUAGUUACGUCCAAAACGGUCGCGCAACAAAAAAAGCUACUCGGCAAAGCUUUUUCUCCGAUUUCUACCUGCAUCCGCCUUAUUUGUAAAUAACAUAUUCCUGCCUUUAGUUCUCAUUCUGAAGUCUCACAUGAACUAUUUUGUUUGCCCGACAUUAGUGAGCCCAUGCAGUUUGGGGAGAUACGUCGCUCCCUACGGGCCCGUCAGCCGCCCGGGUUUUCUUUACCGACAAAGCGCUACUAGAAAUGCACUUGUAAUUUGCAUCGGCUCCCAUGUGCAAUGUUGCAGCUUUAACGUUUAUGCAACUAUUUAUGAAGACUUGUGUUGUAGCGGUAUUCUCAAAAAAAAAAAGAAAAAAAAAGGCAUGUACGUACCUGGUACUGCGGUAGGUGUCUGUAUUGUGUUAACUCUUACGUAUUAAGUUCAGUAUUAAAAUCUGCAAACCCCCCCCCCCGCCCCCCUCCCGUACCCCCAGAGGAUUUUCAGAAAUGAUGUAUGAAAAUGUGUAUCUAUAAAAUACAGGCACUUACGCUUUCAUUUUGUCACUGUUACGUUUUUAAGUUUCUGUAACAAAACCAAAGUUGACUUUGUUUUCUUUUUCCUGCUAAAAAGUGUUUUAUUUUUUACUUUUAAGGAUUUCUCAUGUUAAGUUAUGACAGAGCACACUGAACCCAGAUAUGAGUGUUUAUAUAGGUUCAGUCUGGUUUUAUUUAUUCUUAUUGUGAUAAGAAAUUGUUAGGUGUUAUUGCUAAAACAAAUAUUGCUUCACUUGGUCUUUUUUUUUUUUAUUUCAAGCUGUGCACAAAGUGGUUUGCUGUGUGCGUUUGUUUGGCUUUUGUAGGUAGAUGCUGGUGUGCGUUGCUAGAUAUGAUUUAACUUUUUUAUUUUGUCGCACCUCAGUUCGACGUCAUAAGACAGAGUUGUCCGACAUUUUUUACCGAGCAAUAGGUCUGGAAAAAAUGCCCAUCACGGCCCACCACCGUGGAAUUGAAAUGAUCGGGGAGUGCGUUACACUCUCAAGGAGACAAAACAUUUCAGAAACAUCCCUUUUAUCCGCUCACAGGUAUCUGCAAUGAACGAGAUCGCUUCCCAUUGUUCUCAUUUGACUGAGCUGAUAUUCGUGAGGUGAAGAAUUUGUUGAAAACUUCUUUAAAGUGCCAGUUCAGUGACUGACCUAGAGAGGUGGCUGAAACUGAAAUAACACAUGGUUUGUCAUUUUAUUUUGAAGCUUGUCAGAUGAUCUGAUUUAAUGCUAAAGAAGUUAAUUUUUUUGAGUUGAACGACUCUUGUUGGUCUGUACAGUCUUAAGUCUCUCAUUGUGUGUCAUGUUUAUUUAUUGGUGUGAGUCUGUGUUUCCCAAAUUCAUGCUGUUGUUAACUUUAUUGAAUUUUCUUAAAGCCUAUUCAUUUAAAAUAAAAACAAAAGAUAAUUAAGAUAAGUAAUAAAAUGCCUUUGGGAAACCCAGCCAGCUCAUAAUGUAAAGAUGUACAGAGAGGGUCGGGCAGUUUGCCCACCGCCCGGGAUGUAAACUCAUAUGUCAUAUUUUACAUACACAUAGGAGAAGACUGCAGCAAUGUCAUUUUGAAUGUCUUAUUAUGACUUAUUCUUACUUUUGCAUGUAUAUUUCUUUGUACAGAAGAUUGUGUUUACAUGUUAUUACGUGUUGUAAAUAUUUUUUUUCGUCCUCUGUUAUUUUGCCAUUAAACGUACAAGGAACAGCG